GACACCACUGAUAGACAUUACCAAUAUCUUUAAUAUACUUACAGUACAUUGUUAGCCUGUCUUGUAAACCCUUAAUUUUGACACGCGAAUAAAUUAUCUGAGGUUUACUUGUGUGCAGAAUUCCGCUCUAGCUCCAGAUUAACAUCUAACAAAUGUUAGCAUAUUGUUAAGCCUGUAAGUAAACCUGCCCCAUUGGCUUCCAAUUUCCAAUAUUGAAGUAGCCAUUUUGCUUUUUCACAAUCAUUGUGCUUUAGAAUAAUCGAGGUAAAUGAUACAUCUCUUAUUACAUACAUAUUUAACUAAGAAAACAAGUGUGAGUGUGUUUAAUAAUGUUUUAUUGUCUCAUAAAUUGGUGAACGGCACCUAGAAAUUAUCGACCCUAGUCUGUACCCAUUACGGCUACCUGAAUUUUCUUCCGGGUAAAUGGCUGCUAUUAGAAAAAAGCUGGUAAUAGUUGGUGAUGGUGCCUGCGGUAAAACAUGCCUCCUCAUAGUGUUUAGCAAGGAUCAGUUUCCUGAAGUUUAUGUGCCUACAGUUUUUGAAAAUUAUGUUGCUGAUAUUGAAGUCGAUGGGAAACAGGUGGAACUGGCCUUGUGGGAUACUGCCGGCCAGGAAGAUUAUGACAGACUCCGUCCACUGUCAUAUCCUGACACAGAUGUUAUACUUAUGUGCUUCUCCAUUGACUCUCCAGAUUCCCUGGAAAACAUACCAGAGAAGUGGACUCCAGAAGUCAAACAUUUUUGCCCAAAUGUGCCCAUAAUAUUGGUUGGCAACAAAAAGGAUUUGCGAAAUGAUCCGAACACUAUCAAAGAACUAGGUAAAAUGAAGCAAGAACCAGUGAAGCCUGAAGAAGGAAGAGCCAUGGCAGAGAAGAUCAACGCCUUCGCUUAUCUUGAAUGCUCUGCCAAGAGUAAGGAAGGUGUUCGUGAAGUAUUUGAAACUGCUACCAGAGCCGCUCUUCAGGUGAAGAAAAAGAAGAAGGGAAGAUGUAGGCUUCUUUAAGAUGAAGGCAUUUGGUUCUGGCUACAAAUUAAAAUUAUUUUCUUUCUGCUGGGCAUGGAAUUGUUUUCUUUUUCAAAGUGUAUUUCAAAAAUGGAAUCACUGCCUUCUAUUCUCAGUAAGCGAAGUAUAUACCGUCUAGUUCACUUGAAAUCAUCUAUAUAUGCGCUCAUUAAGCGGUUGGAUUUUUUAAAUUGAAAUUGUCAGCUACAAGGCCAAUCGGCUUCAUAUUUUCGAAAUAUAUUAUAGUAUAUAUUAUAUAAUAUUCUGUUCACAAAGUUAGCACAUGGCAAGUUUUGGUGUUUUCGUAAUCUAGUUAACUAAUGAAAGUGAAAGCAAUUCUUGAAUGAUACCUGUUCAGACGGAACAGAACUCGUACAAAUUGAUGUGAAAAUGUACAAAAUAAAUAUAAUAUAUUCAAAAUUAUACCUGCCAUGUACUAAUUGUGUGCAUUGUAAUUUACUUAUUCGUCACCAAAAAUAAAAUUUAAUAUUCUUUCUGGUCACUAUUUUCAAUUGCAUAUUGAUAUUGUAGACUGUACAACCUUGUUAUAAUGCUAUUUGUAGACCAUUGCUGAUUUUAGUUGAAAAGCAAUGAUUCGACUUGUGCUUUCCUAACAAAUAGCUAUCUAUAAAGCUUGUAUUUUAUGCUUCUUUACUAUCAAAAUGUGAUUAAUUUUUUCUAUAAUCUUGUUUUCGGUAAUUGAACUUGAUGUCUUUGACACAAAUGAAAAAUAGAUAUAUAAUAUAUUAUCGAUUAGGAACUAUUAGUAAUGAACAAAAUGAUAUUAUAUUGCCUCAAUGUUCACUUCCAAAAUUUAUAUUUUGAAUAUUAGCCUUUCAGUUUUCGAAAAAACGGGUACACUUGAAGUCAAAAAAUGAUCAAUUUUACAGCCAAAGAUCACUUGUUAAUGAAAUUUGACAAUUCUAGUUUUCUAUUUAUUGAAUGAUGAUGAUGAUGAAAACCUACAGACAAUAAAGAAAAGAAAAUUGAUGUGUCGUUUCAAUAGUUGUUUAUCUGUGGAAGUGGUAAUCAAUUACCUAUUCAUGAUAAUGAUUAAUGUAAUUCGAGUCGAAUGAAUAAUUGAAUAGACAGUUAUUAUGAGCUGAGUUCUCAUACUAACUGACAUCUGGAUCAGAUGUCGCCGCUAGCAAGUCAUCCUUAACUUGCAAUUGCGGAAUAGGCACAAUUUUAAGCUGGAAGAAUGUUGAUAACGUAGCUUAUAAGAACAUUUAUAAAAUGUCGACAAACUUGAACAUAUUAUUACGAAACAAUUAUGAUUUCGCCCUUGGUUGGUUUGUAUGUCGUACCUUUGUGUCCUGAGGAAAAUAGUGUUAGUCUCUCUAAUCCCUAAUAUAAUAUAAGGUGCAAAUCUGCAUAAUAUAGUAAUCAUUGCUAACAGUGAGAAAUUUUGAAUCUAUCUUUAGCAUUUUCAGUACAUCUCACUGGUAUAUUAAAGAUGUCUUCAUGAACAGUAUGAUGCCAAAUUUUAUAGUUACUGGUGAAUAUAGAAUAUAGAAUUGUGUUCUCUCUUGAUUAUUGUAUAACUUAAAUUGUUAACAAGCUCUAUAUUGUCUUUUUACUACAAAGAAAUGUACAUAAUAUAUAGAGGUACACAUGUUAUAGUUGUGUGUGUUGUAACUAUAUAUGCUGUGAGGAAAAUUUUAUAUUGUUAAUUUCAACUAUUUGGUCCUGCCUUUUGAUGCUCUGACCGUUUAUCAUCAAUUUUAUACUCGUGCAAUUGACUCUUUAACAUUACCUAACAUUACAAAUCAGCAAAUCUAUUUCAGCAUCACUUUUAUUCUAAUAACAGUAUUAUUCUUUGUAAUUUGAAAAGUAUCCCCUUCGAUAUUUAACGUAUUUUGUAAUAUCUAAUAUACUUAAAGUACCGUACUUUAUUCUUUAUUCCAUUUGGCAUCUUUUCAGCUUGUUACUGUAAAAUGUUACUGUAUGUUUGAUCUAGGUUAGUAAUAUUAUAUUUCUUAAUAGUUAUACUUUUAUUAAAUAAAACAAUCAAAACUAUUGGACAAACUUGAAACUAAUUUUGUUGUAUUGUGUCCCUCAUUCUUAGGCAGCUGCAACAAUAUGCUAAAGUUAUGUAACUAUUCUUUGUGAAAGGUUUGAUCAAUUUUCUAUUAGACUUGAUAACUAUUCUAAUAUGGAAUUUAUAAGCUUUCUGGGUGAUUAAUUAUUAUUGUGAAUAUGUCUAUAGUAUGUAUUUAUUUGUGUGUGUGUACACUGACUUUUGAAGCUACAAUGCUUUGUGACUGUGCUAUAAUAAAGUUCUUUUAUGUAGAAUACUCAGUAAUGUAUAGCUGCUAUUCCUUGGUGAAGAUAAUGUUUCUCUUCUGUCAGUUUUAAUUCUUAGACUUCACUUGAAUUGAAAAUUCCUAGUAAUUUAAAAAUAACCCUUUUAAAAUUUGGCCCCUAAUACAAGUUUCUUCCGAAAACAUAAUAUUAUGAUUAUAUUUUUGUAUGUUGGAGCUUCAUAGCUCUUAUGUAGCAGCUUAACUUAUUUCAUGUCCAUCACAUUGUGUAUUAACUUAACAAUUUAGGCUAUAAAGACUGUUGGAGAUUGAAUUUUCACCCAUUGGAUAUAAUUUCAUAUGUAUGACAAGCCAACUAAAAUUGCUGAACACUUUUUCGCAGGGUUUGUAUGUAAUAUAUUAUUUUAAAUUAUGUUCUGUGUUCAUUGUAAUAUUCAUUAUCAAUUAAGAUUAUAUUGAUCAUCUAACUAGAUAACUCUCACAUUCAGGUUGAAUUGGUUGGAUUAGAUUUUAUUUCUGAUUUAAUUGACAUAAUAUUGGCAUCUCAGGUACAAUUUUCUUGACAAUUUAUAAACUUAUACAUAGUUCCAGGGAUUGUUGUAUCAAAUGAAAUGAUAAAAAGUCUUCUCUUGUGUGAAGGAAUUCUUUGUUAGCUAAGGUGGUGGAAAAUUACACAUUUUUCUACACAUUUAUAAUUUUUUAUAAAUUGUUUGGGUGUGAAAACAGUUGUUGGAUCUAUGUAAACUUUACGGGUAAAAUCAAUAAAAACAAUUACAAGUU